AUGCUGGAUCCCGUUGCAGAUGACGUCAAGGAGAGGCUUGAUCGCUUCUGGCGAACCACAUACUGGGGCAACCUCGAGGCUUUUGAGGUUUUUAUAGCUUCACUCACUUUGGCCUUGCGCGGAGAAAAUGUUGAUCGAGCCUUCUGGGGUAUUGGCUCUGGCGGGGUGGGUCAAAGUCUACAGACGGCCCACCUCGAAGCCAUUCUGGGUGAGUAUCACACUUGCCUGGACAUGAACAUUUACUUUGUGGAUGAGGAGAUGCGCAAGCAGGCGGCUAACCUUGUCGGCAAAAUUGUGGUUGACGACGUGCAAGAAACCCUGGAUGCCUUGGCCAAGAAGCCCACAGACCCAUCUCCUGCUACUGCUGCCCCCGCGAAAAAUCAAGUGUCCGUGGUCCAGGCCACAACCGAUGGGCACAAAGAAGACCAGAAGGAAGCUAUGCGACAAAUACGGCAGUGGCUAGUGGAUGAACGGAAAGAUUGGUUCACAGUUGCCCAGCUGAAGAAUGCGAAGGUUGGCCAUGCGACGCUCUACAUCCCGCUCUACGCCUGCAAGAAACCCCUCGGCGAGGUGGUGUCCUUGGAUCAUGACAAAAAUAUGGUCUUCACCGAAGAGUACUCGGUGAAAGGUGUUCAGUCUCGCUUGGCAGGGGAUUGCUCCAGAAGUGUGAAUAUUCUGAUUCUGGCCGAAUCCUACAAGAAAAGAUUCACAUCGCAUGCCACCACGAAGAAGAAUGGCACUCCCAAGCGAGGCACAGAUAAAGAAGUGGAAGUAGACAACUCCAAGCUCUCAGAGAACCUUCGAAGCGUGCUCGAGAAGCAGAAAACUCUUUAUCAGGAGGUUCUUCAAGCAAAAUCCGUCGAACAGGAGAACAGGACAGAGUCCAUGGAGCCAAACUUACACGUGACACUGCAGCGUAGCUAUUUCUACCCCAUGGACAUCCGCUGCCGUCGAUUCUCAACUGAGCACGGAGCUCAGAACGUUUCUCGACUCACGAGGGCCAUCUGCUUCCCCGAUACUGCAGACUAUGACAUCUCGGCAUCAAUGUUCACUAUCGUUGUGCAGCUGGUCGAUCUGGUGCAACCGGAGGGCGUGGCCAUUCCCUCCUGGCGUGCUGUGGCAGCGAAUCGCAGUGCCGUGUGUGCAAACCAGCUGAAGUGCACCGAGACUGUGGGCAAACAAAUUCUUAUGGAAGUCGCCAGCGGAGCGGCAGUCACGAACUUCCCGAACAUCCACAAGCAGGGCUUGGCAUUCUUGACAACUUUGUCUACGGAAAGUCGCCUUCUGCGAUGGCUCGCGUGCUCACAGUUGCAUGCCGAAUACCUGCAGCUGCGUCGCAGCUCCAGGAACCACUGGGAAGCUGCGUGUAAGUCCUGCCCAAAGCAGCUCACAACAAGUGUGCGGUUGAACGACGGCGGCCUUGGCUCAAGGGCCGCGCUCUACGACAUGUACCCCGACCCGCAGCAUGGAGCUGGCGACGCAGCGGCCCGAGCCUGGGCACCGCAGACUACCUUUCAGCAAAUCCCUUGGCAACAUCACGAUGUGUGGCAGAGUGGAUGGACGGGAUACCCCGAGUGGCAGGACAGCUCCUGGGCUUCGACUGACUGGAGCCAUUCGUACAUGAUGACGGGCGCCACUGGGGAUGACCAACCUUCUACCACACCGUUGGGGGGUGGUCGGCAUGGGGAAAAUGCCGGCUACCGCGCCACCGAUGACGCCAGCGGCGAGUGCGAUGCGACCGCAGACGGGACCACCAUCACCGGAGGACCCAUGGGCAGAGGCCGCGAGGCAGCUGAUCCGAGCUGCGACUACCAGGACCCCCGCCGGAAGCUCGAGGACCAGCUGGGGCUUCGGCGAGCCUACCUCCAGGAUUACCUGGACCCCCGCCGGGAGCUCAAGGCGCUGCGGGACUUCCUGGAGGCGUCGGCCAGCCAUAUGGUGGGCCGCCUGGCCCUGGAGGGAGACUUCACAGAUCCUCCCGCCUGGCCUGGAUGGACGUACCGGAAGCAGUGGGAGACGGCUCUUCGGAGAUGGAAUAAGAACACUGAUGUUCCUCUCUACCGGCGGGCCGAGAAGGUGCUGAGGUCUCUUGGCUGGGAGAUGCAGGUGGACUUCGAGCACUUGACUGAGGCGGAGCUACUUGAGCCGACCUACCUCGAGGCCAUCCUGCGCGUCAUGAACCUGAAGGCUGGAGUUCGAGACGAUGAUGAGAAACGUCAGGCCUUCAAGGACGUGAUCCACGGCUCGGCGAGGAAGAAAGAUGAGAACCUUGGGCAGUUCGCCACGAGGAGGCUGCGGGACUUCACGAAGGCCGCCACCUACGGGAUAGUGCUUCCUCCUGAGUUCAAGGUGUCCCUCAUGAAGGAAGGUGCGGGUUUAAGCGACCAGAACCUGCAGAACCUCGCGGUGUUGACCCAAGGCCGCGAGAACGACGUGGAUUUCCUCGCCGCAGCGAUGGCGAAGAUGGACGUCCGAGCCGAUCGGCUUUCAGGCUUCGCGGAGAAUGACACCGAGGGGGCGCACACCUUCCUCGAGGGAGCCGAUGGCGAGCCAGACGAUGACGAGGACGAGGAGGACGACGACGAGUCCGUCCCGGACGAGGUGAUCUUGUCGGAGCUGCAGGACUUGAACUUCUCCGAGGACCAGGCACAGAUGGUCUUCGCGAUCUUGGAGAACCGGCCACCUCGCCGGCGCAGGACUUGGAAGGAGAACCGGAUGUUCAAGGCCGAGGCUCGCAAGGACCGCAAGCCCUUUCGCAAGGGCGACUCCGCUCCUGAAGGAGGCCAGCCAAGGUCUGGUGGUCGUGGAAACCGAGCCGGAGUCACCCGUGAGAGCCUCAAGAAGAUCUCCACUUGUCGCAAUUGUGGCCGCAAGGGACACUGGGCCGAAGACUGCCGCCAGCCGAAGGCCACUUCUGGAGAGAUCGGGAAGGUUUCCGGAUUCUGCUACCUCGGCCAGGGCGUCAACCAUGGGACCGGCUUCUGCGGCCUGACAAUGUCCGAGUGGCAGAAGGUGAUGAGCGCUGUGAAGGCCACUACCGCUCAGUGCGCUCUGGGAGCGCUCAGCUUCCUGUCGCUGAAGUCCGGGACCGCGAUCCUCGAUAUUGGCGCGACUCAGGACCUCAUCGGCGAGACCGCUUUGCAGGCUUUGGGGCAUGUUCUGGCAAAGUCUGGACUUCAGUACGUGGAAGUCCCAGCUCCUCCUGGCGGGGCCCCGACAGGGAUUGGAGGUGCGGCCCGUGUCAAGAAGGCCGUCUUGGUUCCGAUCUCGCCGGGCGGUGUGCCGGGCGUGGUGAACUUCGUCGUCUUGGAGGAGAACAUCCCACCAUUGCUGAGCGUGGGCCUGCUAGAGCACCUAGGAGUGAGCCUGGACUUGGUCAGCAACGAGGUUCAGUUCAAGAGCAUCGGUGUCUCCCGGCAGAUGCGCAAGGAGAGCUCUGGACACCGGACGAUCCCGUUGGUAGAGUGGGACGGAGCUCCCUUCCCCGUGCCCAAGGAGGCUCGGGAACGUUUUGGACUCUCAGAGGACGCUUUUAUGCUGAAGCCCAAGAUCUCCUCCGCGUACGGAAAACAAGUGGAGGCGCGAGCCGCGCAGCGGUGGCGGGCGCUGACCAACAGGUUGUUCUUUAUGCUGGAGACCACCCGCAUGAUGUUCGUGCGAUUGGUGAUGGCCGAGAAGGGGCAGAAGUCGAUCAAGUCGGACCGCCGGAAGUACAUCGAGGCACCGAAUCAGGCCCCAGGGAAAUGUCUCCACAUCGGCCCCCACAUCAAUCGUGGCAAUCAGUAUGCCAGUUGGCAAGUGUGCAGCACAUGCAAUGCCCGGAUCAACUAUGCAUCUCGGGGAAAGAGCAAGGCGAAGGCGAAGGCCAAGGCGACCCCGGCGACAACUUUGACCUCAGGAUAUCCGCAUCGGACCCAGGGUCCGAUUCUCGAGCCCAAUCACAACAAGAACCUGCGCAACGAGGUCCCAGAGGGCGCCGGGUCCAGUUCCUCGACCGCCUCCCCGGAGAUCGCGACGGCAUUGCAAAUGAUGGCGAGCGGCUUCCAGCAGAUGAAUCACACGAUGACCGAGCUCAUGAAGGGACAAAACCAAAUGAUCAUGAUGCUGGCAAAUGGGCCGCCGGAGCGGCAGUUCGACAAGAUGACCUUCGCCGAGACCUCCCGAAUGGCUGCGCGAGCCAUGACCGAGCACUUCGAGAUGAGCGUGGACGAGGAGGGCGAAGAGGACGGCAGUUGGUCCCCAGUGGCUGCGACAGCCGCGGCGGAGGAGAAGCUUCAACCACGCGGUGGCGGAGAGCACAGCUGGAUGGUCCACUACGAGGGAGGCCAACCUCCCAGCAGCCGGGCGAAAGUGCGGCGCUGGGUGCUUGACGAGAAGCUGCUGCUCCCCUUCCAGCUCCAGGACUCGUCGGUGAGCGUCUACGGCAUGGACGUGGACGGCAACGAGUCCGCGACGGCCGAGCUCCUGGGAGACUUCGUCCAUGCCCCGCCAAGUGAAGGGGCGCCCGGAGCUUCCAAUGAUGUGGAGGAGGCCGUGCGAGGAUUACAUCAUCUCGCCAGGCACCGCUCUCAUGAAGUACAACGAUGUCAAUUGGACGUCCUGGAGGUGUUCCACGCGGGGGCCUUCUCGACCAUGGCGCAGCAGAAUGGCCUGAAGGUCCUCCCCGAGCCGGGCAAGUUUUCCGAAGGCCAGGGAUGGAGCGGUCUCAAGAAGACGGAGAGGCAGCAACUACGAAGGACCGUUCACGACCUGCGCCCUCGGCUGGUGGUGAUGAAGAUGUCAGGCCCCUCCGGGAAUGGUCCCUCAGCGACUACGCCCUCAUUCGCCAGGGAAAAGAUCGGCGAGGCCACCCAAGGAGCGCUGGCGAUUGAGCUAGCUCAGACACAAGUGGAGCGCGGAGAGAGCUUUCUCAUCGAGGACUUCAACGACUCGGAGCAGCUGGCCAAGAGCCUGACGGCCAGGGAGGAUUUCUCCCAUCAAGCAUGCCGGCGACUACUCCGCCGCAUCCCGUGGGACAAGCUACCGAUUGGGCGAGGAGCAACCUCUCCCAUUGCACGGGCAAGAAGGAACACCGUGACCCUUGGACAGUUUACUCAUGGAGGUGUUGGAGGCCUGACCAGAGCUACACUCAUCAUGCCCGAAGCAACGAUCUAUCUCAACCGCUACAUGAGCCAGCAGGGGGCCAUUGAUCCGAGGUCUUCGCUGACCAUAGGGAUCAACAACCGCAUCCCCUACCACCGGGACGUCCACAACCUUGGAUCGAACAGUACGAUCUCUUUGGGGAAAUUUAGCGGGGGAGAAGUUUGGCUAGAAGAGGAAGGCGGACCUUCUCUACGACAAGUUCAUCCAGGUCGUUGGGUUGCAGGGCGGCAACACUCCACCCACCAUCGGCUUCUGCGCUUCUCCCCUAAGGCCUUUCAUGGAGUGGAGCCACACCAAGGCGAGAGAUGGAGCAUCACUACCUUCAGGACGCGCUCCUCGGCCAAACUCCAUGGAGCAGGGCAGGCGAACCUUGGGGCCCUAGGCUUCAACCUGAAGGGCUACGGAAGCGAACUGCAGGGUCGACCAGGCCGGGACUUGGCUCUGCUAGAUGCCUCCUUCUGUGCAUCUCUACCGAGCAGUUGGAUGUGGUCGAUCGACCGAUCGCAAGGCGAGACUUUGAACUAUGCUGAGGCCGAAGAGGAGCCGGACGAGGCCCCUCCAGAAGAUCGCCGGGAAGGACGAGUUGAACCUCCCGCCUCUCGGCCCCGCGCUCGCGUCUCCGAGGAGCAGAAGCGUCUGAUACGUAAACUACAUGUGAACACCGGGCAUCCCCCUGCCGAUCGUUUCUUGAGGACCUUGAGGGCGGCUGGGGCACUGCCACAUGUUCUGGAGUACGUCCGAGACCACUUCAAGUGUGACGACUGCGACAUCAAGAUGCAGGCCGAUUCCCGAAGACGAGCCCAGUGCCCGAGGCUGUACACGUUUAAUAAGGUCCUCUCCGUGGAUGUGAUGUACCUCCGCUUCCAGGAGACCCAAGUCCCCAUCCUCAACAUGGUAUGCACUGGAACAAACUAUCACAUCGCCGCUCGCAUCCCAGAGACCAGCGGUACUCCUACUUCGUCAGCGACGUGGAAGCUCUUCCUGGAGACAUGGGUCAGGUACAUCGGAGCCCCAAGCCUAGUCAUCACGGAUGGAGGGAACGAGUUCAAGAGCUCCUUCGAACGUGGGCUGGAGCAACUGGGGUGCCUACAUCACGUAUGCGCCGCCGAAUCACCCUGGCAGAACUCCAAGUCAGAAAGGCACGGAGGCUGGCUGAAACGCCGGCUCACGCAGGAGGUGGAGUCCGGCCGCUGCAUCUUCGACUCCCUCAGUGAGCUCGACGAGUUCCUGGCGCAGAUCACCGCCGCUAAGAACCGGUGGUUCAAUCAGGGGGGCCACUCACCGGUCCAAUUAGUAUUUGGUGAGCUUCCUCGUGUUUCGGCUGAGCUUCUCAACGAUGGACCUGGAGGACUGCAAUCUCUUUCGGAUGCGCUGCACGACCCCGCUGGAGCAGACGAGGUGGGAGCCGAGUUCCGUCGGAGAAUGCUGAUUCGGGACAAGGCGAGGCAGCUGGCCAUGGAGUCAGACUCCAAGGAGGCAAUCCAUAAGGCCCUCAAGACACGGACCUCUCCGUCACGGAAGUGGAACAUCGGUCAGUGGGUCUUCGUCUUCCGGAGGGCGAAGCCUGGGGACUCCUUGCAUCCGACGUCACGCUGGGUUGGUCCUGGACUGGUGGUCAUGAACUCCCAGGGCAUCGUCUGGGUGGCAAUGAGGACGAGGCUAUGGCGCUGCUCAGCGGAACAACUUCGACCGGCCUUCCCAUCAGAGGUCUUGGGAUCUCAGCUGAGCUCCGAUCCUGAGCUUGGGGAGCUGCUCCGGAAGGUCACUUCCAACACCCGAGCCGGGGCAGUUGAUGUGGCGAGAGAAGGACCCCCACCUGGCGAGUCAGACCAUGUAGCUCCAGUGCAUCGUUUGGAGCCCGACGGGUUACCAGUGGAGGCCAGGCCGGAGGACCAGAGUGUGCGAGUAGCUCUACCACCCGGAGAAGUUCCCGGCGGACCGAGCCAUUCAGUACCUGUACCUCCCGGGCUUGUUGGACCUCAGGCUAGACACGAAGUCGCUGCUCCUGACCCAAUACCACCAGGAGCUGAUAACUCGGCAGUGAGUUCCAGGAGAUCCUCUGUGGAAGAGCCUGCCGGAGAGCCCGAAGCAAGCCUACCAGCUCCUCUCGCCAGGAUUCUGGAAGAACCCCUGUCCGGAAGUUCCUCAGACCUUGGAGAUGAGCCUCCUACUAAGGCACCUCGGACGGAGUCCGGGACGAGAGCUCCGGGAACCCCUAUGCAAGGGGUCCUCAAGAUUAUCAAGCCUCGAGGCGUCUCGCCAAGCUCGGAACCCGAAGGGCAGAUGUCCUCUUCCUCUACCGCUGGAGCCCGGGAAGCCUCUAGAUCACCCAGACGUGGGUCCUCUCAUGAUGAUCUACUCACGUGGUUUUGUGUCAACGACGAGGGCGAGCUGAACCUGUUGGCGAAGAGGAACGAUGAGGUCUCUCUCAAGAAUUUGAGCGCCGAGGAAGCCAAACAAUUCGAGGCCUCGGACGCCGUGGAGUGGGAGGCAAUCCUCAAGUCCAAGGCCGUCCGGGUGAUCUACGGGCAAGAAGCAGAGGCAGCUCGUCGGAAGUGGGGAGGUAGGAUCCUCUCGUCCCGGAUGGUGAGGCGUAAGAAGCCGCUGCCGGAGGACCACAAGUGGAAGGCGAAGUCCCGAUGGUGUGUCGGGGGACACACAGAUCCAGAUACAGGAUCUUUGAUCACCUAUGCGCCAACGCCCCAGGGCGAGGGUAUGAUGGCCUUCAUUCAGACGAGCCUCAAUCUACGACACCGGUUUGCAUUCACCGAUGUCAAGAACGCUUUCUGCCAGUCCGACAAGCUGAAGCGGGAGAACGGCCCGCUCUUCGCCGAGCCUUGCGAGGGUCUAGGACUUCCUCCAGGGGCGCUGAUAGUGUUGGACAUCCCAGUCUAUGGCUUGGACGAUGCUCCCGCGUGCUGGCGCGCAACUGUGGUGGGCUACCUCGUCAAGGAGAUGGGGUACGUCCGUAACCUGGUGGAGCCAUGCUGGCUCAUGAAGUUCGAGCAAGCCCCGGACGGCAAGCUGCAGAAUGUGUCCCAGAUCCUCCUGGAAGUGGACGACUUCAUCCUGACGGCCCUGCCGAGUCACGAGAAGGAGGCCGAACAGGCGCUCCGCAAGCGCUUCACCUUUGGCAAGUGGGAGCGCGGGUCAGCUGAAUAUGCCGGCCGGCGAGUUCAGACGUUCCCGGACAAGGUCUUGAUCGACCAAGGGAAAUACAUCCGUGAGCAGGUGCAUCCCGUGCCACUGGACAAGCAUCGCAAGCAGGACAAGAAGGCGCAGCUCACCAAGGAUGAGUUCCAGCUCCUCAGGUCCGCGAUCUACAAGGUGAACUGGCUGGCCAAGGAGAGCCGGCCCGAGAUGGCCGGACUGGCAUCAAUCAUGGCCUCUCGGCUAACAGUGGCGACCAUUGAGGACGUGCUCACGGUGAACAAGUGCAUAAACCACUUGCACAACACCGCGGACCGGCCACUGAUCAUUUGGAAGUUCGACCCGAGUGAGAUGGCCUUUGUGGUGGUUACGGACGCCGGCGGCAUCUCCGUGCGAGAGGGAGAGACCGACGCAGACGGGCUGCCAAUGGAUGCCACCCAGGGAGCAUGGGCUGUCAUCGCCACCGAGCACCUCCCAGUCGGGCGAGAGCGGGUCAAGGGAUCGAUCAUCGCCUGGCGCUCGAGCAAGCUCAAGCGCAAGGUCUUCUCCAGCUUUGGAGGAGAAGCACAGGCUAUGCUUCAGGGGGUGAACGAGGUCGAUUGGCUGCAGAUCAUGAUCCGGGACGCCACGGCCCAUGAUGUCCAGUUGCGCAAUUGGCGCAACAGUCUGUCGCCACACAUGUUAGUGCUCCGAGACCAGUGCGGCCUUCACGAAAGGCAACAGCAGUGCUCAGUGACGGACGCCAAGUCGCUUUUCGACUGCAUCCUCCGCGAGCAUCCUCAGGGGCGACAAGACCGGAAAGCCGCCCUCGAGCUCUCGAUAGUGGUGAAAGAUUUGCAGGAGACGCGUUCCAUGGUGCGCUGGUCCCCACAUCAAAAGAACAUCGUCGACGGGCUCACCAAGGCCGACCCUCUCAAGAGCAACGGCGCGAUGGAGGACUUCAUUCGUCAGGGAGUUUUGUCACUUGUGGACGUUUCCGAGGAACUCCGUAACAGAGCGGCAGAUCCGAAGUUCAAGAGGCGAAGCCAUUCCGCCUCCAUCGCCCGAAGGGCCGAAGAACACAAGGAAGCACACAUGACGCUUUGGGCAGCUUUAAUUUGGGGGAACUGUGUUGAGCUUCCUGAGCUUUUAGGAGAUCACAUGUUCACAGGGAAGCUGCGUGUAAGUCCUGCCCAAAGCAGCUCACAACAACAAAAGUGCCGAGCAGCUGUGCCGCGUAGUCUCCAACUGUGCGUUGUCGGACACACAAACAUUUUUGCUGUGUGGUGGAACGCCGCAGAGGAUUACAUUCUCCAGGCAAUGCUUUCUGCGAUUCAACGACAAGGAUUCGCAGGACACAUUUCCUGUCAUUUUGACGGCAUUCUUCUUCGAAAGUCCUUGGUGAAGUCCGUAGAAGAGAAUAACGAGAUGAACAUUAUCUCGUUUCUACAAGAAGCUGUUUCAGAGCAAACGCCUUUCAAGGUGACACUCAAAGACAAAACCGUGUCGUCCCUGGACGAGUUGCUGGCCAUGAAAUUCAAGCCAAGCGAGGUGGCGGCCGAGCUGGGCCAGCACGUGGACACCUUGACCGCCAUCCCCAACUCUAUUCCGGCUGCAAUGGUAUUCCUAGGGGCGGACCUGAAGCGGAUCAUUCAACGUCUACGACAAGAAUCUCCGGCAAACACGAAAGCAGAGACUCGUCAUCUUCGACAGUACUCUGACUGGAAUGGUUGCGGUCAGUUGCACUUCCUCCCGCGAGGUGCCUGCACCGCUGAGGCCAGUUCAGAUUUCCUGCUGCACAUCGAGUUUCCGGAAUCCUCCUUGUGCCUGGGUGUCAAAGUCCUUCCCAACGAAGCCAUCCUACUCAUGCGUGGUGGUCGUGUGUAUGAAGGAUCCAUGCCCCAAUUGUUUGACGUGUUGGAAGCCUUCUAUGGAUGUAAGGAGACAUUCUGCUUCGAGGUGUCGUCCGAAACAACUGAGAUCGAAGAUUCUGAUUUGGGCUUUCUCGAUCUACUCGCUGGAUCCUCCACUCCAUCGUCAUCCAGGAAAAGACCAGCCUCCGUCCUGCAAGAUCAGAGUGCACAAAACGAAGGCGAAGUAGAAGUGGGCACGGAACUUCGCGAGCUCCUUCAACAGGAAGUGGCAGCAUCCAUUGACGCGGUGAAGGGCCAAUCUGGGGCCAACUUUCCGCCAACGACGUGUCCCUGUUGUCCCUGGCGGCAAUUCGAACGCCGCCAACAUCUGCUGCGACACCUUCAGAAUCAACACACGCAUGCGAAGCGGUGGAGCGCAUCCGGUACAAAGCAACUGCGGAUUGCCGCGGCCUUGUAUGAUCAUGAUCGUCUACAUGGCCAGAAUCCGGAACCCGCAUACUUGACCAGGUCCAGUGCUCUACUUCGCAGGACAGUAAAGGGUGCAAUGCCCCGUGACGUCAAUGCCAUCGACAAGAAAAUUCGGUGUGUAUGGCAUGCAGAUGGCCCAGAAUUCGUGCGGCUACAAAACGUCCGGAAGGCUACAGGCUUGCGCAGAGUUGGUAACAUGUACUACGAUCGUGGUUUCGCGGAAGCUUUUCUGCAUGCAGCAUCUGUCAGUCACGGCUCCCUCCAUAAAGCCCAGACACAUUUUCUACGUACUUGUCGACGUGAGAAUGGACAGCUGGCAUCCAUGAUUCCUCGCGGCAACAAUGGGUUUUGGUUGAAUGUGAUGGAGGAUCUGAUGACAUCGCCUUUGCUGGAAUCCUACACAGCACACCUCCUGGAGCAGUGCCGCGAAGCUACAGAAUUCCGGUAUCUUAGGAUCGAUGCCACAUUCAAGAUCAACUUGAAGAUAUUGGGACAGGCGAGUUUCCAUUCAUCGGCGGCUUCACGCUCCGACGCCAUCAUACCGGAGGAAGAUGCGGCUUAUCGGACUCUGACGUGUCGAGGUCGCACAGGCGCGACUCUGGUCAUGUGUGGUGUUCGGUCAGAGAAGGCUCGAGUCAUCGCCAAUGCCCUAGGGACGGAACUGUCCGAAGCACAACAGCAGCAGGUAUUACAUAUUGCCUCGGAUGCUCCGUCACAGGAAAUGCUGCAAACUUUGCAGGAGAUAUUUCCCAAUCUAGCAAGCCUUGCCCUCGAUGCCAUGCACAUCGUCAUGGUCUAUGAUCAAAACAUGAACAAUCGCCGCAGCACCGGGGGAAAAUGGCUGGCGGUGAUUAUGAAUAAGUUUCGUCGCCGUCAUCCGACGCGGACUCAGGCGUCUUGGGGUGCAUUCUACACAGGGGCCAGGCCAGGUCCAGAUGCACAGGAUGUCCGGUGCAUGAGGGAACGCCUCCAGGACCCAGACAUGCCGGAGGACGCUGCUAUGCGGGUUCUGGAUGCGUUGGAUCCGGAUGUGCCAUGGCUGACGGAAGUCGACUUCUUGGAAGCUCUCCUGGCCCAUGUAUCCUUCUUCCAUGAAGAGCUCCAGAAAGUCAGCUAUUCCGGCAUCUCUCUGCAGCGCCUGAUAGUCAACAUCGGCAGCAGCAGCAAGUUUCAAUGGCUGCUCAAUGACACCAGGUAUCGCCAUGCUGUGGAUGCCCGCGAACUAGCCUUAUUGCCUAGCGGGACCACCUCUAAUGAGAGUCUUCACCAUGAGAUCAACGCGUGGUUUCGUGAGACAGCAUCUCGACGGCACGAUACCAUGUAG